CAGAGCGCCAUCUUGCGGAAGACCGGUAUACAAAUUUGUACCUGUUUGGGUCCUUGUUUCUUGGGUCAAGUUGGACUGUUUCUCGAGUUUAGAAUUCAGAACAGGAGUGAAUUGUCUGAGGAGACAGAGGUGAGUGUUUUUCUGUUUGAAUUAUUAUCCUAAACAUACUUAAUCAUCAUUUGAUGACAGCUGUAGGAGUCGCCCCACAUGAUCUAUAGGUGCCACGAUAUAUUCGAAUAAUUUCGAGUGUUUUACUUCUUUAGAUCGUUUUUCACGGAUUGCAGGGACUCUCCUGCAAGGGUUAAAGUGGAUUUACUUAUGUAUAGAAGCACCUCCAGUUGACCGAGGGUGAAAGAUUAGGUUGGUUCACUGUGACUGGAAAAAAAUGCCAUCCACUGUGAAUAAUUUCAACAUCAGAGACGUAUGGAAAAACAACAUGGAAGAAGAGUUCGCUAAAAUAAGAGAUGUAGUAGAAAACUAUCCUUAUGUAGCCAUGGUAAGAGUAAAAUAUUUCGUUUUAACCUUUGUUGGAGUAAAUUGCUUUAAAAGUGAACCAUUCCGGUGGUUAACAUCAUCAAAUAGUACAAAGGCCUUUGAGUUAAGUAUUGGUGAGCAGAAAGUCACCAUUAGAUAUGUUUGAAAACAAAACCACAUUCGGUGUGUGUGUGUUUUUUUUUUGUAUUGAAAGGAAUCCUUCACUGUUGGGACUACAUGUAUGUUUAGAUUAUGGCAAGAAUAAUUUUUUGACAUUCAUGAUAUUCUUAAAUUGGAGAUCAUUUCCUUUAUUCUCAUAACCUGUUUAUUUGAUGCAAGGUGACACUGUAUGGAGAAACCAUAAGCAAGUUACCCUUAUUGCUUAUUUCUUGACUGAUAGAGGAAAGCUUGCAUUGUUAAUAGAAUUGUUUUUACCUGACAAUGCCAAAUUAACUAGACAAGCUUAAUUAUACUUGUUUUUUUGAUGGUAGGACACAGAAUUUCCAGGUGUUGUGGCAAGGCCUAUAGGAGAGUUUCGCAGCACUUCAGAGUAUCAGUAUCAACUUCUAAGGUGUAAUGUGGACUUAUUGAAAAUCAUACAACUUGGCUUAUCCUUUUACAAUGAGAAAGGACAACAAGCACCUGUUGGAGCCACUUGCCAGUUUAACUUCAAGUUCAACCUAACGUAAGUUUUAUUCUGCACAACUGUGAAACAAAUCACGGAUACAAACAGCACAGAAAAUGUUCAACACAAGCUUGAAUAUUUCUUGAGUAAGGCCUGCCUAUCUAAACCCAUGAGAAGAAGUGGGUUGAGAUAAACACAGAUGGGUACCUCUGGUGGCAGAGGAACAAUAAGCACCUGGGCUUCAGAAACUCUGGCAAACUAUAGAAGUGUGAUCCACUUAGCACAUGAACUAGGUUUUUUUUUCAAUUAUCAGAAUUCUUGUUUCAAAAUUUAAAGAGCUUGAAAAUAUUCUGAUGUAGUUUGUGGCUGUCAGAAACCAAACAUAAUAGGUCUAAACUUUGCAAAUGGACCAGUUUAAUAGUAUUUAUUCAAUUGAUUUUACAAAUAUUUACCACAGAGAGGACAUGUAUGCCCAGGACUCAAUAGAUUUACUCAACCGAGCAGGUAUCCAGUUUAAAAGGCAUGAAGAAGAAGGAAUUGAUGUGAAUGACUUUGCAGAGCUUCUGAUAACAUCAGGACUUGUACUGAAUGAAGAUGUCAAAUGGCUAUCAUUUCACAGGUAAAUAUUACUUAAGACAUGCUGGGUGGGAAAUAAGUUUCUUUGCUCAGUAUUGCAUACUUUUCUCAUAUUUAAAGGUGUACAAGGUUUUCUUUUAUGGAACAUUAUGUUUUAAAACUCAUAUUUUGAUAAUCAUCGAGUCUUCCAUAGAGAAAGAUAUUUUCCUUUAUGUUAUUCAACAUUUCCAUCUCUUCCAUUCUGAUUUUGUGGCUAAAUUUUUUCACCAGUGGUUAUGAUUUUGCAUACCUGUUGAAAGUGGUGACAGCACAAAAUUUGCCAAGUGAAGAAUCAGAAUUCUUUGACCUACUGAAGAUCUACUUUCCAAAUAUUUAUGAUGUUAAAUACUUAAUGAAGAGUUGCAAGAGUCUUAAGGGUGGCUUGCAGGAAGUGGCUGAACUGUUAGAGGUAUAACAAUUCAUCAUAGCUCAUUCAAAUGGUAGCUAUUAUUAUAAUCUCAUAAAUAAGCCUUGUUGGGAUCUUUAUAUAUAUAUUUCCAACCAUCUCUUGAGUGAUGGGAGAUAAUAGAGAAGGUGUUUGUCUGAAACUUGAUCAGAGGUAAAACUCUAAGGUUUUUAAUGAUAUUACAAAAGGUAGCUGAUAACAUUUGGCAAAUUGGUAUUAUUAGUGUGAUAUAAGGGAAAAGAUCAGAGUUCCCAUGAAGAAUCAGCCCUAAACAUUUGCAUAGCGAUGCUGUACACCCAGUGGUAGAACAUUGAAGAGUGGUUUGCAAAUUUUUGAAGUUGUGGGUAUCAGUGUACACAUUUUUAAGGUUGGGUUUUGAUUUUAAACAAAAGGACAAGUCUUGGGAAUUAUAGGACAGAAAAGUGCCCAUGCAAAUACUUGAGAUAAAACUCAAGGCUAUAUUUUACCUUUUUUUUUUUUUUCUUUUCCAUUUCUUAUAGCUUGAAAGAGUAGGACCCCAGCAUCAAGCAGGAAGUGACAGCCUAUUAACAGGAAAUGCAUUUUUUAGAAUGAGAGAGGUAUGUCAUUAUAUGUUUAUCUUGGAGUUGCAGCCCUUGUUUUACUGAGGACAGUAUCUGAUUAGAACAGGUAAAGAAUUUCAAUUUAACCAUUUUAAUAAUUUUUCUCUGCAUUUUGUAUCCUACAGAUGUUUUUUGAAGAUAAUAUAGAUGAUGCAAAGUACUGUGGACACCUUUAUGGGUUGGGAACAUCAUAUGUGAAUGGAGGGCAAGCAUACAGUGGGCCAACUUCCAACAAUAAUUCCAAUUCAUCCUGAUGCUGGCUACUGUACAUUGCUUCAUGGAGCUUUCAAUUCAACAGGUUGUAAAUCUGCAUUUUAACUAGGCACCCAAAUGUUCUUUUCCUUUGGGGAAUCUUAAUGAGAUUUUUAACUGUUCCUAAGUUACAAGAUGCUUUGCUAGGGUCCAUAUCCUUUUCAUCAGUUGAAGAUUUUUUAAGAAGAUCAGUUUACUAAAGACAAAAACUGCACAGUUCUGUUAAACAACCUCUAUGAACCAGCAAUCAGAUAAGUGCAUUUAUUUGGAACUCCUAAUAACUGAUAGGUCACGGUAUUUCAAAGUUUGAGAAAUAGAAAGUCUAAGGCCCAAGAAACAGGUUUGUUUGAAACUUCCUUCUUUUGCUUCAAUGAGACAACUUAUCUACUCAAAAAAGUAGCAAAACUGAAUUGAGCUUAUCACUUGUUGAACUCUCAAUACAUUUUUUUGUGCAGUUUUUAAUACAAUGACACUGUAGAUAUUUAGUAUUUUUAUGGUAAGAUUUUCAUGUAGAAAAAUUUGACAGGAGUAAGGACAGUGGCAAGUAUAGUUAUGCUGGAGAACUGAUUAAAAUCUUUUUAAAGUUAUUUUUAGAUUUAACAUGAUCAUUGUAAAAGAUAGAUAUAUAUUGCUCUUUAUGCAUGCUUAAGUGUACAUUCAUUUUAGGAUUGGACCAGUUGUGUUAGAUUCCCUUUUGCCUUUUGCCUUUUUGUGUUUAUCGUACUUGCUGUUUAGAUUUGAUGGGCAAGCACAAUGAAGCCAAUGUGUAUGGAUUUGAAACAAUUUCAAAUAAUUUUACAGUGAAUGCAGGAUUUGGUUCUUCACAAAAACCUAGUGAUUAUCCAGCAAUUUAAAGCAACAAAUUCUAAAGCAAAACAACAACAACAACAAAAGGAAACAGAGUAAUCUUUUUUAGGUCAUAAUAUGUCCACCUUUUUUCACCUUCAUGGAAAACAUGGAACAUGGUGAGAUGAUAACAUAGUAACUUGAAACCCUCCUACAAAUCAAGCAAGUCUUAAAGUCUUUACCUUGGAAGUGCUCGGUUGGAAUCUAACAGUUUUUACACUAGUGUAAAAAGGUUUGUUCAUUGCUAAAGCAUGCAUUUAUAAAUAUAUAUAUCAAGUCUUGUAAGUAGUACUAUAAGAAAUUUUGCAAUUAAAGAAAAUUAUUAAAGUUAAAUGUUAUGGUAAUGAUGCAAGGAAAUCCUGGCUCUGUUUGGUUGUUUUGAUUAUUAACUUUAUUUAUAUUAUUGAAUCACCUAACUUUUGUGGGAAAUCGUUGAAUCCUAUUGUUACACAUUUCAUUAUUGUAAGGGUAAAUCUCCA